AUGGACUACUCGUACCUGAACCAGGCGGCGGCGGCCGCCGCGGCCGGCUUCGAGGCUUCCUCGUGCGCCCUGGCGGCCAGCGAGAUGCACGCGGGCUACGGCGACCUCGGCAGCUGCUCGCAAAUGAGCCAGGCCUAUCGCUACGCCGCGGCCGCCUCCAGCGGCGGACCCGGUGGAGGCGGCGCUGGCGGAGGUGCUGGUGGUGCCGGUGGCGGCGGUGGCGCGGGACUGCCCCAGGGCCUGGGCUCGCAUCAGGCCGCGUCGCAUCCGUCGGCGGCUCAUCACGCAGCGGCGGCAGCCCAUCACGCCGCGGCCUGCUCGGUUAUGGCGGUGCGCGGUGCCCAGGACGUGCACAGACACGCCGCCUCGAUCUUCCCGUCGGCUAUCAAUUUGCAAGGUGGUCUCGGUUACAAAGCAUACGGCUCGCACGACGGCCUGGCGGAGAAGCGCAAACAGCGCAGGAUAAGGACGACCUUCACAUCGGCCCAGCUGAAGGAGUUGGAGCGAGCCUUCCAGGAGACGCACUAUCCGGACAUCUACACGCGCGAGGAGAUCGCCAUGAAGAUCGACUUGACCGAGGCCAGGGUGCAGGUCUGGUUUCAAAAUCGACGCGCCAAAUUCCGUAAGCAGGAGCGUCUGGCGCAGCAGAAGUCCAGCAGUUCCCAGUCGCAGGCCUCGUCCAUGGACACGGGCGCGUCGACGCCGAGCAACGUGCCGAGUCCCUUGACGGCCAACAGCGGCGGCGGCAACGUCAAGGCCGAGGGCCGCUCGCCCCGCAGCCCCGACACGCCGCCCAACAACAACGACUCCAAGGCCAACGUGACGAAUCAGCAUCAACAGCAUCAACAGCAGCAGCAACAACACCAACAGCAGCAACAACAACAGCAGCAACAGCAGCAGCAGCAGCAGCACAGUAUGCUGAGCAUCAAGCAGCAGCACCUGGACAUACACUCGUCGGACGGCAACCUGUCGAACGGCCGCAUAGGUGGUGGGGCCUGGGGCUCGUGCAGUCCGCGGCCCUUCUCAGCGGCGCUGCCGCCCUACCUGCUCGAUCCGCUGCCCCUCAAGACCGCCAAUCUUUACUGAAGGUAAAUCUGUCCUUUUACUGGCCCGUUCGAGCUUAUAUAAAAAAAACUAUAAAAAAACGAGGAUUUUACCGAUGAUAAAAUACGUUUAUACGAUCGUGAAAAAAGAAUGAUUCGCGAAUGUAACGAUGCGCUUCGAGUUUUUUCCACGUUGUUUUACAUAAUCGUCGUUUCUGGUUAUAACGAUCUAAACGAGCGCCAAGUGCAAAAGACCUAGCGACGUUUCGAUAGAGCAUCUAUAAUAUACAUAAAUAUAAAUAUAGUCACUCCGUAUUAUAGUAUUGUACAGAUAGUUUGAUUAUGUCACAUGUAAUAAUCGAUUAAAGUAUUGAUAUGAUAAAUUCGCGUUGAGAAAAAUGCGUGCGCCAAUGAAAAAUAAUUGUUUUUUUUUUUUUUCAAAGAAAGGCGCAACGUCGGCUAUAUUGUGAUUGCACAAAGUAUUCAUAUGCACCCACACACACAAAUCACACACAAAACACACACGCAAACACUUGUCAUGAUUAUAUAAAGCACAUAAGGUUCGUAAAAAUCGCAACGAUAAUUGUACAAAAAAAAAAAAUUGAUUCGUUAAGCAUAAAUAUAAAUAAAUAUGCGAUAGAGAGAGAGAGAAAAAAAAUUGUAUAUUGGGUGGUGAAUAUAAUCUUCGUAUUUUAGAUUAUAAGUAAAAGAAUGCUUGUCUUACAAGGAAGACUCUUCCAAUUGUAGCUGAUUUCAAGUGUAUACGGGUACUAGUCUUAAUAAAAAAAUAGUAAAAAGUAAGAAACAAAAAUCAGUCCUUAGAUGUGUAUUUACAUUACUGUAAUAAUAAAACAAGAUUCUCUGUUCACAAAGAAAAUAAAAUGAAUAUAAAUAAAAAAUAAAUAUAUUAUGUAUAUGAGUAUAUUUAAACUUAAAGCGUCAAGAAAUUGUGAUGGUCGAUUAGUAACGAAUUGUGACAUGUAUUAAAAAUUGAAUGUUACACAAUUUUUACGAAUGAAUGAAGCGAAUGCACGAUAAUGUCCAUGAAGGUAAAAUUCACAAUUCCAAAGGUACUAAUAAUGAAGAUACAUAAUCCGUAGCAGAAGUACCGAAUUUUUUCAAACCCGCCAGAACCCCCACGAGAGACUCGAUUCUGUUUUGUUUGCAUAUCGAUCGGAAAUUUUGUGCGAGCCGUUCCAAGAUGAUUCAGUAUUAUCGUCCAAAGUGCCAAAUUAUAAAUGCUGACAUACACUACUCUACAGACGUAUUGGAAUUAAAUUGAAAAAGAAAAAAAACGGAAAUAAAGAAUUUAUUUUUUUCUCAGCGCGAAUGCGGAAUGUAUUAGGUGCGUAUGCAAGC